CAAGAUGAUUGUCUUCUGGGUAACGUUCCCUUGUCAUCCUAUCCAUAUUGUGAGUGCCACGUGUCUCGAGAAGGCUGAAACUUCGCAAGCUUUCAGGAACUCUCCACACUUCAACAGAAUCUGCUUCCCGUGUACUAUAACACAGGUAGAAGAAGGCUCUUGCCCUUAUAUUUCCAACAAGGAGAAAACUUGCGAAAAACACAUUGACCCAACAUUUCUAUUCUUUCUCUUCCCACAUCCCCACGCAAACCCAUCGCCUUUUUCUCUAAUUUCCCGAGUACCCACGUUAGAAAACCUGUUACAAUGGCCUCUACAGUCUUCUUUAGUGGGGUCGGUAUUGCUACUCCGCUACCACGUCACAGAAAAGGUACGGCGGCGUCGUUGCUGUUUUCGCAGCCCCAGUGCUUGCUCGGUUUUCCAAGAAAAGGAAACUCUGUUAAAGGAUUGAACUUUAAGUCGGGUCAAUUAAAGCAAACUGGAUUGUUCAGUAAUGGGUUGUCCAGGAGGUCGAGGUCCUUUGGUGUUAGAUGUGAGGCUGCAAGUGGAAGAAUUACACAACAGGAAUUUACAGAAAUGGCUUGGCAAGCCAUUGUAUCCUCGCCUGAUGUGGCAAAAGAGAACAAGCAUCAAAUUGUGGAGACAGAGCAUUUGAUGAAGGCACUCUUGGAGCAGAAGAAUGGACUUGCCCGGCGGAUCUUUUCCAAGGCUGGAAUUGACAAUACACGUCUUCUUGAAGCUACUGAUAAGUUCAUCCAACGCCAACCAAAGGUGCUUGGUGAUACAGCCGGUUCAAUGUUAGGACGGGAUUUGGAAGCCUUAUUCCAGCAAGCCAGGGAAUAUAAAAAAGAGUAUGGGGACUCAUUUGUUUCUGUUGAGCAUCUGGUUCUUGGAUUUACAAAGGAUCAACGCUUUGGGAAGCAACUGUUUAGGGAUUUUCAAAUAUCUCCACAGAACUUGAAAUCUGCAAUUGAAUCUAUAAGGGGACGUCAGUCGGUCAUUGACCAAGAUCCUGAGGGAAAGUAUGAAGCAUUAGAGAAAUAUGGGAAAGAUUUAACAGCUAUGGCGAGAGCAGGAAAGCUUGACCCAGUUAUCGGAAGAGACGAUGAAAUACGGAGGUGUAUCCAGAUUCUUUCUAGGAGAACAAAGAACAACCCCGUGCUAAUUGGUGAACCAGGUGUUGGAAAAACUGCAAUUUCUGAAGGACUUGCUCAGAGAAUUGUGCAGGGUGAUGUGCCACAAGCUUUAAUGAAUCGUAAGCUAAUAUCUCUUGACAUGGGUGCACUUAUUGCUGGGGCAAAAUAUCGGGGAGAAUUUGAAGACAGACUGAAGGCUGUUCUUAAAGAAGUAACAGAGUCAGACGGCCAGACUAUCCUAUUCAUUGAUGAGAUCCACACAGUUGUUGGGGCAGGUGCUACAAAUGGUGCCAUGGAUGCGGGCAAUCUCUUGAAGCCUAUGCUUGGUCGGGGAGAGUUGCGAUGUAUUGGUGCAACAACACUUGAUGAAUAUCGAAAAUAUAUUGAGAAAGAUCCAGCAUUGGAGCGUCGUUUCCAGCAAGUUUAUGUUGACCAACCUACUGUGGAAGAUACAAUUUCUAUUCUACGUGGGCUGCGUGAAAGAUAUGAGCUGCAUCAUGGAGUUCGCAUUUCUGACAGUGCACUUGUGGAAGCUGCAAUUCUUUCUGAUCGUUAUAUCAGUGGUCGAUUUUUACCUGAUAAAGCUAUAGAUCUCGUGGAUGAAGCAGCCGCAAAACUAAAAAUGGAAAUUACUUCGAAACCCACUGCCCUUGAUGAGAUCAAUCGUUCAGUAUUGAAACUGGAGAUGGAGAGGCUGUCUCUUACAAAUGACACUGAUAAAGCUUCGAAAGACAGAUUGAGCCGCCUUGAGGCUGAAUUGUCACUCUUAAAGGAGAAACAAGCUCAGUUAACAGAGCAGUGGGAGCAUGAAAAGUCGGUCAUGACGCGUAUUCAGUCCAUUAAAGAAGAGAUUGACAGGGUAAAUCUUGAGAUUCAGCAAGCUGAACGGGAGUAUGAUCUUAAUCGUGCAGCUGAAUUGAAGUAUGGAAGCCUGAACUCUUUGCAGCGCCAACUUGAUGCUGCUGAAAAAGAGUUAAAUGAGUAUCUAAGUUCUGGAAAAUCAAUGUUGAGAGAAGAAGUUACAGGAAAUGAUAUUGCUGAAAUUGUCAGUAAAUGGACGGGUAUUCCUGUUUCUAAGCUUCAACAAUCAGAGAGGGAGAAGCUUUUACAUUUGGAAGAAGUGCUACAUGAACGUGUUGUUGGUCAAGAUCCUGCUGUGAAAGCAGUAGCUGAGGCUAUUCAGCGAUCUCGGGCAGGCCUCUCUGAUCCUCACCGACCAAUAGCUAGUUUCAUGUUCAUGGGUCCUACUGGUGUUGGAAAGACUGAAUUGGCUAAGGCACUUGCUUCGUACCUAUUCAACACAGAAGAGGCUCUUGUACGAAUCGACAUGAGUGAGUAUAUGGAGAAGCAUGCGGUUUCAAGGUUGAUUGGAGCUCCACCUGGUUAUAUUGGAUACGAGGAAGGAGGACAGUUGACCGAGACCGUACGGCGCAGGCCAUAUGCAGUAAUUCUAUUCGAUGAGAUAGAGAAGGCCCAUUCUGAUGUAUUUAAUGUGUUCCUUCAAAUUCUAGAUGACGGAAGAGUGACCGAUUCACAAGGCCGCACUGUGAGUUUCACCAAUACUGUUAUCAUUAUGACUUCAAAUGUAGGGUCACAGUACAUACUCAACACAGAUGAUGAAACCUUACCGAAGGAGGUAGCUUACGAAACUAUCAAACAGCGGGUAAUGGAUGCUGCAAGAUCUAUAUUCCGCCCGGAGUUUAUGAACCGAGUAGAUGAGUAUAUUGUCUUCCAGCCUCUGGACCGCGAACAGAUAACCAGGAUUGUGAAGUUACAGUUGGAACGCGUGCAGAAGAGGAUUGCAGAUCGGAAGAUGAAAAUCAAGGUGACCGAGGCUGCUGUUCAACUCCUUGGAAGUCUUGGAUAUGACCCUAACUAUGGUGCAAGGCCGGUCAAGCGAGUGAUUCAGCAGAAUGUUGAAAACGAGCUUGCAAAGGGUAUCUUAAGAGGAGAUUUCAAGGAUGAGGACACUGUUUUGAUUGACACAGAAGUUACAGCAUUCUCCAAUGGCCAACUUCCCCAGCAAAAGCUAGUCUUCAGGCGACUUGAUAUCAAUUCAGAUGCUUCAGCUGCAGAAAACCAAGAAGCUGUCUCACAGAGUUUCUAAAUAUCUGUAUAAACCUAACUAGUUUUUAUCGAACCACAAGUUUAAAAAUUUUGCUUCAGUGAAUUUUCUUUGCUUAUACAUGCUAGAUGAACUUAUCAUCUUGUAUAGGAUAUGUUUCUUAUAGAAAUUACAAGGCUUGAUGUUUCUUACUA